GCGGCGCGGCUCGUUCAAGAUGGCGGAGCUUGAUCAGCUGCCGGAUGAGAGCUCAUCAGCAAAAGCACUCGUGAGCUUGAAAGAGUUGAGACCCAGAAGUGCGAAUCCUUCAAGAUGGUAAAAACAGACCUACAAGAAGGAAGCUUAUCCAGCACAUGGAAUGAAAAGUACAGUUCCCUACAGAAAACCCCUAUUUGGAAAGGCAAGAAUGCUGGCUCUACUGUGGAAAUGCCCUCCAGAAAUUCAAAGCGGAGUCGUCUGUUUUGUGAAGAAGACGACAGACAAUUAAAUACAAGGUCACCCAAAAGAAAUCAAAAGGUUGCAGUGGUUACUCAGAAGUUUACUGCAACAGUGCCAACACCAGACAAGAAAGCAUCACAGAAGAUUGGUUUGCGGUUACGUAACCUACUCAAACUUCCCAAAGCACACAAAUGGUGCAUAUAUGAAUGGUUCUAUUCAAAUAUAGAUAAGCCAUUAUUUGAAGGAGAUAAUGAUUUCUGCGUAUGCCUGAAAGAGUCUUUCCCAAAUUUGAAAACCCGAAAAUUAACAAGAGUUGAAUGGGGGAAAAUCAGACGAUUAAUGGGAAAACCACGAAGAUGUUCUUCUGCCUUCUUUGAGGAGGAGAGGUCAGCACUAAAACAGAAACGGCAGAAAAUUCGACUUUUACAACAGCGGAAAGUUGCAGAUAUCUCACAGUUCAAAGAUCUUCCAGAAGAAAUUCCGUUACCACUUGUUAUAGGAACAAAAGUUACAGCACGGUUGCGUGGCGUCCACGAUGGACUGUUCACUGGACAGAUAGAUGCUGUGGACACUCUAAAUGCUACGUAUAGAGUAACUUUUGACAGAACAGGGCUUGGAACGCAUACAGUCCCAGAUUAUGAAGUCCUUAGCAAUGAGCCUCAUGAAACCAUGCCGAUUGCUGCCUUUGGACAAAAACAACGGCCUUCACGAUUCUUCAUGACCCCUCCCCGAUUGCAUUACCCACCUUCUCUCCAGUCUCCUAUUACAGACAAUGAUCCAUUAUUAGGACAAUCUUGGAAAAACAAAAUUUCAGGCACAGAUAGUGAAACACUAGGUGGUUUUCCAGUAGAAUUCCUUAUCCAAGUGACCAGGUUAUCAAAAAUCCUUAUGAUCAAGAAGGAGCACAUCAAGCAAUUAAGGGACAUGAACACAGAAGCAGAAAAGCUGAAAUCCUAUUCAAUGCCUAUCAACAUUGAGUUUCAGAGGAGGUAUGCAACUAUUGUUCUAGAACUGGAACAACUGAACAAGGACCUGAACAAAGUUCUGCAUAAAGUUCAGCAAUACUGUUAUGAGCUUGCUCCAGACCAAGGCCUUCAGCCUGCAGAUCAGCCGACAGAUCUGAGACGCAGAUGUGAAGAGGAGGCUCAGGAGAUAGUCCGGCAAGCAAACUCAUCAUCAACAGGACAUCUUUGUGUUGAAAAUGAAAACCUUACUGAACUGAUUGCUAGGCUUACAGCAAUAUUAUUGCAGAUUAAGUGUCUAGCAGAAGGAGGUGACCUGAAUUCCUUUGAAUUUAAAUCACUUACAGAUUCAUUAAAUGACAUCAAGAAUUCAAUAGAUUCUUCCAAUAUCAGUUGUUUUCAGAAUAACGUUGAGAUCCAUGUUGCACAUAUUCAGAGUGGCCUAAGCCAAAUGGGAAAUUUACAUGCCUUUGCAGCUAAUAACACCAACAGAGACUGAAAAACAAAUUUCAAGUGCACAGCAUGUUAUUUUGGAAAGUCUUCUUCCUUUAUAUAGGCUUCACCAAAUAUCUGAACUGCCACAAGAUAAGGGAAAAGAAAACUUCUAAAAAGAACACUUUUAGUUAUAUUAUACUGCUUCUUAAGAAACCAGCAUUACUGACCAGCGUUGCAUUAGACUUUUACCAUUUGUUAUGCACAUACAGUAGUUUUGCUAAUGGAUAACCUCUUAGUAAAUUUAUUGCAUUCAUCUGAAAAUGUAUGGAUAUGCUUUCAUAUAAUUUCAACUAAGAAUAUUUGAACUUCACUUUAAAAAGCUUGGAUAAAUUCUGCCCAGCCAGUAUUGACAGGCUGGAGACAAUGAAGAGGAAGUGGUAUAAAUCAGUGGCUGUGUGGCAGUCCUUUGUUCUUGAAAGUUAAGAGCUGUGUAGUACCUGUGGUUUACCAUCUCAGACUUCAGUCUACAAAUAAUGUAGCUAUAAGCCAUUACGUGUAUACCUGCUGUUAGGAAGCAGCAGCAAAUGUGGCCAGCAAAUAGGUGGCCAGCUAGGGAAUAGAUAUGUAGGUGGUGUAGACUUGAGGACAUAGGCAGGUCUAUAGAUGGGUAAUUCUCUCAGAUGUUUAAUUUAUCAUAACUUAUAUAAAAUGUCUAAUGAAGGAAUAGAAAAACAUAACUGUUAUUCUCCCAGAAACAAACUUGUUAUGGCUUUUUCCUAUCAUAUCAGAUAAAAAGAGCUGCAGGUGAUGAUUUUUUUUUUUACCAGAUGAACAGUAAACACAUUAUUUUCCCCCUUUUUUUCUUUUGUUUGCACAAUUUUUAAAUUAGAAACUUGGUUAUCCAACAUAUUAUAAAUAAAAAGAUUUUUAUAACUAAAGAUAACCAGUGGAGUGUACAGCAAAAAUAAAUAAAUAAAACCUGCCUAGGAAUAAAUCCAGGAAUGUUAAUCUUGUAAAAAGUGUGUAUUGGAUUGUUUGUUUAAUAUAGAGUCCUGUAAAGCUUCAGUGUAAUAAAUUGUUUCCAGAAUUGAAUUUUCAGAGAUAGCUGUAGAAUGUUUUUGAUUGUUUUAGAUGCCUCAUAAAAUGAGGUAUUUUAUAUGUUAAUGUAUAAAGAAUAUGUAAACAUGAUUAUUUUCAAUUUUUAAAUUUUGUAUAGUUUAAAAAUGCUUCUGUAUUCUGUGUUGGUAUUGUGCCACUGCAAAGAUUUAGUGCAGAGUUUAUAUUUAGCUAAAUUUGUUCUGUUAAUUAAGAAAUGCAUAAAUCUUUUUUCUCAACAAAAUUUGUAAUUUUAAAUAAACCGAUCCAUGAGAGUUGAUAUAUUUUA